AUGAAGAACGAUACCGGUACCUGCAGCAACCAUCUCAGUGAUCCCUUCGGCACCGAGCACCCGCGGGACACGACCAUCCAAAUCUCCAUCUCCGUCGCACUCGGCAUCACAGCUUUCCUGACUUUUUGUUUUCUGCGACCGCGCUGGAAAGGCCUCUAUGCCGCGCGCAAAAAGAACGUUGACCGAACUACCACACUUCCCGAGCUCCCCGAUAGCUUCUUUGGCUGGAUCCUGCCGUUAUGGCGCAUCACAGAGGAACAAGUGUUGGCUUCGGCGGGUCUGGAUGCCUAUGUGUACCUAGCCUUCUUCAAAAUGGCUAUCAAAUUCCUCUGCGUCACCCUCUUCUUUGCGCUCGUCGUCAUCAAGCCAGUACACGACCAAUAUCCCGACAAGUCUAAACAAGAGCUCCCUGAACCAAACUCCACGUCCCUUUAUGCGGGUCAUGCCAGCCAGCCUGUGCAGCUUGUGGCUCGCUCUAGCUGGGCGCAAACCCUGAGCAUACCCACCGUGUACACGACAGACUACCUUUGGAUGUACCUAGCCUUCUCGUAUUUAUUUACUGGCCUUGCUAUGUAUUUGAUGGUAUCGGAGACACGGAAGAUCAUAGAAAUACGGCAGGAAUACCUCGGAAGCCAGACCACUAUCACCGACCGUACCAUUCGCCUCUCAGGAGUGCCACCAGAGCUGAGGUCCGAGGACAAAAUAAAGGAGUUUGUGGAAGAUCUGCAGAUCGGAAAAGUAGAGAGCGUCACUCUGUGCAAAAAUUGGAAAGAGUUAGACGACCGUAUAACGCAGAGGAGUGGCAUAUUGCGAAAGUUGGAAGAAGCGUGGACAGUGCAUCUUGGAAAGCGGCGCGUGGAGAGGAGCCUCGAGACCCUACCUAUCGUCCAGCCCACACCGCCAGGUGUAGAGACGGAGACGGAAAACGAAAGCGAAGAUGCUCAGCUUCUCAACGGUCAUUCCCACCAUGUCACUCCGUAUGCAAGGCAGCGACCGGUUACCAGGAUCUGGCAUGGUCGUUUCAGGCUUCGAUACAGGACAGUCGACGCCAUUGAUUAUUACGAAGAGAAACUUCGAAGGAUCGAUGAGGAGAUUAAGGCUUUCCGCAAAAAGGAGUUUGACCCAACGCCACUGGCAUUCGUUACCAUGGACAGCGUAGCUAGCGCACAAAUGGCUAUUCAAGCUGUUCUUGACCCUUCCCCGCUACAGUUGCUGGCGAACAACAGCCCGGCUCCGUCAGACGUUGUCUGGCAUAAUACUUAUCUUCCUCGUUCCAAGAGAAUGCUCAGAGCUUGGUCCAUUACAAUUUUCAUUUCUGUACUUACAGUGCUCUGGACCAUCGUCCUCGUACCAGUUGCAGGCUUACUCAAUACAUGCUCCAUCCACGAGGUGUGGCCUGGGCUAGCGGACGCACUCGACAGUCAUCCUAACCUUCAAUCCAUUGUCAAUACACAGUUACCGACCCUGGCGCUCACAUUGCUCAAUGUCCUUGUACCUUUUUUCUAUGAUUGGCUUGCCAAUCUACAAGGAAUGAUUUCGCAAGGAGACGUGGAGCUUUCGGUUAUCUCUAAGAACUUUUUCUUUACAUUCUUCAACUUCUUCGUCGUCUUUACUGCUUUGGGUACUGCCUCUGGAGUCCUUGAUAUGUUCGAGCGAUUUGGCGAGAAUCUGAAGGAUACCACCAACCUUGCCAACGCUCUGGCAGUAUCCCUGCAGAAACUUCUCCUGUUCUACGUCGACUUCAUCAUUCUUCAAGGGUUUGGACUCUUUCCCCUGCGCUUGCUGGAGAUUGGAGCUCUGACAUUGUACCCAAUCAACCGGAUUGGAGCAAAAACGCCACGAGAUUUCGCGGAGCUUGUUCAACCUCCCACUUUCAGCUACGGCUUCUUCCUGCCCCAGACGAUUCUUAUUUUCAUAAUAUGCAUGGUGUACAGCGUUCUUCGCUCCUCAUGGAUGGUCCUGCUCUCUGGUCUCGCCUAUUUCAUCAUUGGCCACUUUGUCCAUAAGUACCAGCUGCUUUAUGCAAUGGAUCACCGCCAACACUCUACCGGAAAAGGCUGGAUCAUGAUGUGCGAUCGUGUUACCGUCGGCAUGGUACUUUUUCAGCUCACCACGGCGGGGCAGCUUGCAUUGAAGAAAGCCUUCAAACGAUCUGUCCUCAUAAUCCCACUAGUUCUAGCAACCUUGUGGUUCAGUUACUUGUAUAACAGGACAUACAAACCUCUUAUGACAUUCAUAGCUCUACGAAGUCUACGUAGUGCGGAGCACUCAGACCUGGGUCGGGGCGUUCAAGACGAGGCAUUCUCUCCUCAGGGCCAUAACAGAUCUGGCAUGCGGAACCGUCAGACAGUGGACGAAGCGCGUGAGAGCGGUGCUCGCUUUAUCAACCCAAAUCUUAUUAUGCCGCUCGAUGAUGUCUGGAUCAUGGAUAAGUUUGCAAGAAGUAGUAAUGUUUCGGUAACGUCAAGCACGGCUGGAGACCAAGAAACGUGACUUACGCGCGGGCGCGGACUGGGUAAGCAAGUAAAUAGUGUAAUGUAUAGUCCUUUCCUGUACCGUUUUAGAUCUGUGUACAUUCUUCCGCAACUCCUUAUAGUGCUUUAUUGUAUGUAUGCAUGAGAGCCUAGCGCGAUAUCCUGCGUUCAAUGUGUGUGCCUCCAUUUCCCACUGUCUGGGGUGGUUUGACGAGUUUACAGGUCCUCUUUAAAGCGAUGAACUUCCUUCUCGUUCGCAUUUUUGAAAGUGCGUGGGAGGAUCACAGGCAGUGGCAAGAAGGCGCAUCGCUCCUGUUUGUACCCUUAUAUGGUAGUCGCUGUUAGAACGAUUGACUACAUAAUAUUCGACGCU